AUGGCGGAGGCGCUGCGGAGCCGCCGCGUCUUCCUCAAUCACCUCGACUCUUACUGCGGCCGCAGCAUCGGCCAGUAUUUAUCAACCUGUUUUGUUGGGGCGACCCUUGUAAGCCCAGAUGAAGAAGAGGAGGGAGAUGAAAAUGGUUCAGAUGAGGUUCCCGGGGCCUCAAAGAACGAAGUCUACGAAAUAGUGGGUACUCUUUCUAAACCAGAGAGUACUAAUCCACGUUUUGCAAAGGAAACGUAUGCAGUUUCUUCUCGAGAAGCACUCUUAAGUCACUUGCUUGAGUGUGAAAUUGUUUUAUAUAAUAUCACUGAAGAUGCAAACCAAAUUGAGGAAGCAAUGUGGGCUGCUUCUGCCCUACAUAAGGAAAUAGAGACUUUUGCAAAACAAAAGAUAUUCAUCCUCAUUUCAACAAUAAUGACCUGGGGAAAUACCAAACCCUUUGACCCUGAAAAUCCUGAGAAUCCUUUUAAUGAAAGCAAUUUUCGCAAAAGAAAAUCUCAUCCUAGCUUUACGGAUUACAUAAAUGCUGAAAAACACAUUGCAAAACUUGGGAAAACUAACAAUGAAAAGUUUUCAACUUACGUUGUUGCCUCAGGACAUCAAUAUGGAGCUGAGGAAGGACUCUUUCACUACUUUUUUAAGAUGUGUUGGGUUGGUGAGACUCCUGCAAUACCUGUUUUUGGAGAUGGAAAUAAUAUUAUUCCAACCAUUCAUAUUCGUGAUUUAGCAGGAGUGUUACAAAAUGUAGCAGACCACAGGCCAGACUUUCAGUAUGUUCUUGCAGUAGAUACAUCGAUGCACACCCUUGAACAAUUAAUAAAGUGUAUCAGUAAAAAUCUUGGACCUGGAAAAAUUGAGAAGGUUCCUAAAGAAAAUGCAUUCCUGAGCAAAGAACUAACACAAAUGCAAUUGGAUAUGUUGUUUGUGAACCUGCGAUUUGAACCUACUUAUCUGAAAGAGAAUUUCAAUAUUAAGUGGGUUGCUGAGGAAGGACUGAUAGAGAACAUUGCACAAGUCAUCAUGGAAUACAAGCAAACUCGAGGAUUACUGCCUCUCAAAAUUUGCAUUCAUGGUCCUCCUGCGUCUGGCAAAUCUACCAUUGCUAAGGAGCUCUGCAAACACUAUAAGCUACAUUAUGUUACGAUAAAUGAUGUGAUUUCUGAAAAAAUUGCAGAUCUGGAACAAAUUGUGGCUAAAGAACCUGACAGGGUGGAAGGAAAAGUAGAAAGAGAAGGAGAAGGAGAAGAUGAUGUGCAGGAGGAGGGUGAAAAUGCAGAAGCAGCAAAGGAAUUAUUAGAUGCAAUAAAAGAAAACAUGCAGCAGAAUAAAGGCCAACUAGGUGAUGAGUAUCUUAUUAAAAUUAUGAAGGACAAGCUCAUGUCUAUGCCUUGUAGGAAUCAAGGAUAUGUUUUAGAUGGGUUCCCAGAGACCUAUGAGCAGGCAACGGAUCUUUUUAAAGAAGACGAUGAAGCAGAAGAGGAGGAAGAAGCAAAAGGCAUAAUGCCUAAAUUUAAUGAAAUAAUUAUACCUGAAUUUAUUUUUUCUUUGACCGCACCUGAUGACUUCCUUAUAAACAGAAUAAUAAACCUGCCAGAGAUCGAAGUUGCUGGAACGCAUUAUACUGAGGACCAGUUCCUGCAAAGUCUGAAACACUUCCGCAAGUUAAAUACCGAUGAUACGACAGUUCUCAACUAUUUUGAUGAACUUGAAAUACAUCCUCAGUUUAUUGAUAUAGCUGUAUAUGAAGAUGCUGAGAACAGACUUACUGUACCAAAGAUCAUCAAAGAAGUUGGAGAACCUCGGAAUUAUGGUUUGACAGAUGAAGAAAAUGAGGCUUUGGAACGUCAAGCAGCAGAGGAACGCCUUGUCAAAGAAGCUCAAGAAAAAGCUGAACAAGAGUACAAAGAAGCUAAGGAAAGGGAAGAAAGAAUGGCAAGAUGUGAAGAGUGGAAUAAACAGCAGGAGGAAGUGAAAAGACAAGAACAAGAGUUCUUGGAGGCCCAGUCUGUUCCAUUACGGAACUAUUUAAUGCAGAAUGUCAUGCCAACACUUAUGCAAGGGAUAAAUGCAUGUUGUAUGAUCAGGCCAGAUGAUCCAGUCAAUUUUCUGGCAGAAUAUCUCUUCAAGAACAGUCCUGAUAUCGACUGGAGUAAACCUUAAAUCCUAGCAGCAAUAGGAAUUGUGAAACAAAAAGGG